GUCAGCACGUGUACUCUUCUCUCUCUCUCUCUCUCUCUCUCUCUCUCUCUGUUUCUCCCUCUGCGCGAGAGCGUCCGAGCCGAAGAAGCUGAAAUGGGGAGCUCAUCGAAGGACGAGUCGGGCAGCGACGGCGGCAAUUCGGGCGGCGGCGGCGGCGGUGGCGGCGGCGGCGACCCUCCCAAGUCCACCUCCGCCGUCUUCUCCGAGGGAGAGAAGGUCCUCGCCUUUCACGGCCCUCGGAUCUACGAGGCCAAGGUUCAAAAGGCUGAGGUUCGGAAGAAUGAAUGGAAAUACUUCGUUCACUACCUCGGAUGGAACAAAAAUUGGGAUGAAUGGGUAGGCCCAGAGCGUCUGAUGAAAUAUACUGAGGAAAAUAUCAUGAAGCAGCAAGUUCUUGAUAAGAAACAAGGUGUAGACAAGAACCCAAAGUCAGGUCGUAUGACUCAGAAUAAGCCAAAAAGUAUUACCGAUGUGAAAGUCGAUAAGGAGGAUCUUAAGAGCACAGUGACAAAAGGCAAGAAGCGAAAGAGUGAAGCUGGUGCUGAGAAAGACAAUGAACCAGCGGAGAAGCUUGUCAAGAUUCAAAUUCCAGCAGCAUUAAGGAAGCAACUUGUUGAUGACUGGGAAUUUGUUACUCAGAGGGAUAAGCUUGUUAAGCUACCCCGUUCUCCAAGUGUGGAUGAAAUUUUCACAAAUUACCUUGAAUACAGGACCAAGAAGGAUGGCAUGAUGACUGACAUAAUAGGAGAAAUCUUGAAAGGAUUGCGUUGUUACUUUGACAUAGCAUUGCCUGUGAUGCUCUUGUACAAAAAGGAGCGCCAACAGUAUCGCGAAGCAGUUGUAGGUGACACCUCUCCGUCAACUAUUUACGGUGCUGAACAUCUCCUGAGGCUUUUUGUAAAGCUGCCCGAGUUACUGGCUCAUGUGAACAUUGAAGAGGACACCUUGACGCGGUUGCAGCAGAAACUGCUCGACUUUCUCAAGUACUGAUUCAUACCUCUGUCUUUUCAACGGUUCCUCCAGAAGAACCAAAGUACCUUCUUCCUUUCUGCAUAUGAAGCGUCCAAAGCUUCGGAAGGAAAAGGGAAGAGGAAAGAUGAGGGAGCCUAGCCUAGCCGGAGCGUCCACUGCUCCGUUUCCGACAACUUCCAAUUCAUUAGGGGACGCUGUCGGCUAACGAUUCUGAUGUCGUGGAAUUCUCUGCCCAUUAAAAGCCGGAAGAAUUCCUUUUGCUGUGUUGUUGUAACAUUAGCAUUGACUAGUUCAUUCUUUCUUUAUGAUCCGUUUCCCCUCGUAGUGAAGGGGGUGAUAGUUGGUAAAUUACCUUUAUACGGUUCGAUUCGGCGCAGUUCUUACGCUGACGAUUGUUUCUCAGACAAGACCAACUGUCGGGUAUUUCAAUUCAUCCAGACUCACUAUUGUACUCGACAAGAACCUCAAGACCUAGAGGGUCGAUAGGAAACACAUUUUAUCUCAAUAAGUCCUACUUUCUGAAUGAUGUUUCUUGUGUAUUA